AUGAAGAAACUAGCAGAUCCAGUGCCCUACUAUCGCCAGAGAACUGCACAGAGCUUCCCAUCCCAAUGGGAGAUGAGAAGCCCAGAUUCCAGGAAUCCAGCAAAUCCAGUCUCUGCAUAUCUUUUGGGAACAGCACAGAACUACCCGUCCCAGCAGGAGCCAAGCAGGCCAGAUUCCAGGAUUCCUCUUUCACCAAACAGACUAGAAAACCAGCAGAUCCAGCAGACCAGGGGAGCAGCUAGUCCAGCAGAACCAGGAAACCAGCAGAACCAGUCCCUGGGUAUUGCCUGGGAAAUGCAUAGGGCUUUCCUCCAGGCAGGGGCCGAGCAGGCCAGAUUCCAGGACUUCUAUUCCAACAACAAGACCAGGAAACUAGCAGAUCAAAUGUCUGUGGAUUGCCUGGGCACGGCACAGGACUUCCCUCCUGGCAGGAAGAUAGCAGAACAGAUUCCAAGUAUUCUCUUCCAACAACGAGUCCAGGAAACCAGCAAAUCCAAUGCCUGUGAUCCCGUGGGAACUGCACAGAGCUUAACACCCAGGCAGGAACUGGGCAACCCAGAUUCCAGAUCUCCUCUUCCACCUACUAGUCCAGGAAACCAGCAGACCCAGGAGACCAGAGGACCAUCUGGUCCUGGGGGACCAAGUGAAAUAGGCCCUGCAUCUGAGACUGCAUUCCACUCCCUGGGGAUAGCCUGGGAACUGCACAGAGCUUCUCAUUCUGGCAGGCACCAAGCAGCCCAGAUUCCAGGGAAUGAUAAUUGGGCCAUCGAUGGCAGGAAGUCCUCCAUUGUUGAGCACCUACAGAUUCUGAGUCAUAGAAAGGCUCAAGAACCAGCAGAUCCCACAGAGGCUGUGUACAACCUAAGCUGUUACAACCCAACUUCCUUCGUCCUUGUUGGGAUACCUGGCUUAGAAAAAUUUCACAUCUAGAUCAGGAUUCCUUGUGUCAUCAAUGCUGUGGCUAUUGCAGGUAACUGCAUACUUCUCUACCUGAUUGCACUGGAGCAGAGCCUCCAUGAGCCCAUGUUUACAUUCCUGUCCAUGCUGGCCAGCACAGACCCCAAAUGUCUCAGUAACCUCUGGUUUGGCUCACAAGAAAUUACCUUCUCUGGUUGUCUCACGGAGAUGUUUUUUCUGCACUUUAGUUUUGUAGUGGAUUCGGCUAUCCUGUUAGCCGUGGCAUUUGAUUGCUAUGUGACUGUCUGCUUGCCCUUGAGGUACAACACCAUCCUUACUCCGCAGGUGAUUGUCAAGAUUAUGGUGAGCAUCGUUGUGAGGAGCUUCUCAGUCAUCCUGCCAGAUGUUUUCCUGCUGAAGCGGUUGCCAUUUUGCAAGACCCGUGUUAUCCCUCACACAUAUUGUGAGCACAUAGGUGUUGCCAGGCUUUCCUCCGCAGAUAUCUCUAUCAACGUCUGGUAUGGGUUUUCUGUCCCCCUCAUGACUGUCAUCUCAGAUGUCAUCCUGAUUGCUGUAUCCUACAUCUUCAUCCUCAGGGCAGUUUUUCUGCUCUCCUCCCAGGGUGCCCGCCAAAAGGCCCUGAGCACAUGUGGUUCCCAUGUCUCUGUCAUCCUCAUGUUCUACACACCUGCCUUCUUCUCCAUCCUUGCUCAUCGUUUUGGGUACAGUGUCCCUCGUAACAUUCUCAUCUUAUUUGCCAACUUCUAUGUGGCCAUCCCCCCUGCUCUAAAUCCAGUAGUUUAUGGAGUGAAGACCAAGCAGAUCCAGGACAAAUUCCUUACUUUCCUUUCUUUGGGAAAGACACAAUGA